GGAUUCUGUUAUGUAGGGAAGCUUAAAUUAAGUGGAAGAUGCCGUCUUACUAAGCUUAGCCAUUUUCUGCCACCGUUAUGUUGAGGGGGACAACAAAUUUGAGAGUUAAUACCUCCCCCCCGAUACCAAGGCAAUUUUCUUUCUUCUGUCUUUCUGUCACGGAAGUUCAACAGUUCUUGACGUGCAAUCCGAUCGAGCGCUCGGGAUCGACCGCGAAUCAACAAUCUCCAUCAUGCACGCACCCUCCUCUCCACCGUCUACUCCGUCACACUCUUCAUGGAAAUCUGUCUUUCGUCUACCAAGUUCCUCGAAGAAGCACCGUGCUAAUGCUAAUGGUUCAACACUAGCCGUUGACUGUUCGCCUCGCGCAGUCACCUCUCCUCUUCAGACAGUUAGACAUACUCCUGCAGCUCCCAGUCCCUCACUGACUCCCGGCUCAUUCCUACCUAUCGACGAGCGUUCCUCCUACAACUCUUCGAAUACCCAAUCCAGUGACUCGAACGUGGGAGCUGUACCGAACUCACAGUACCUUGUGCCUGAUUCCCGACUCUUCCCUUACCAGCAGCAGUCGUCGGUUUCGAAUGUCGAAGCAAAUGGAAUGGUCACUCCACAAUAUCCCCAAAGUCGCGUACGGACAAAGUCGGAGAAACAGCGUAUGAUGCAGGGUCGUGUUCCCCAGACACCAACAAAGCCACAGACUGCCACGGCCUCCCAGCAGUCAUUUGCACUCCCACCAGGUCAUGGUGCGUCUUCAAGUCGCUCGGGGCCCUUGUCUCCACGCGCAAUGGGCGCGUCUGCCACUCGCUUCAUCCGUCGCGUAGCGUCCGCACCAAACGCGAAGCAUCUUUUUUCUUCCGGUGGUCGGUCGUCGGCACCCACGAAAAAUGGUCUAUUAGCACCUGCAGAUAUGGUCCCACCAGUUCCUGGUGCACCGUCUACGUCAUCUGAUCUUGGUGAUGAUUCAUUGGAGACUCUGUCAUCUGGUUCUUCAAGAGGGAGAUCCAAUCGGCACGAACGGUAUCCUGGUAAUUCACAUCUUUCAAAGACUAGAAUUGUGAAUGGAGCGCAUGAUGGUCCUGGAAAAAUGGCUUUCAGACGGACAUAUUCUAGUAAUUCAAUCAAAGUUCGACAGGUCGAGGUCGGCCCAUCAAGCUUCUUGAAAAUUAAAAUGCUUGGAAAGGGCGACGUCGGACGCGUGUACCUUGUGCGAGAAAAGAAGACUGACAAGCUUUUUGCUAUGAAAGUCCUGUCCAAAAAGGAGAUGAUCGAUCGAAAAAAGAUAAAGCGUGCAUUGACCGAGCAAGAAAUUCUUGCGACUUCAAAUCAUCCAUUCAUCGUAACGCUCUAUCACUCCUUCCAGUCGGAAGAGUACCUCUACUUCUGCAUGGAGUACUGCAUGGGUGGCGAGUUUUUCCGUGCCUUACAAACUCGUCCGGGAAAAUGCCUUCCGGAAGAUGGUUCGCGUUUUUAUGCGGCGGAGGUUGUGGCGGCCUUGGAGUACCUUCACUUGAACGGCUUCAUAUACCGCGAUCUCAAGCCAGAAAAUAUUCUCCUCCAUCACUCCGGGCAUAUCAUGCUGUCGGAUUUCGAUCUUGCCAAACAAUCUGGGCAUCCUGGGGGCCGUCCUGCGACGAUUCACCAGCUAGGACCAAACGGGAUACCUAUGAUCGAUACGAUGUCAUGCACAGCGGAUUUUCGGACUAACUCAUUUGUCGGUACCGAGGAGUACAUCGCACCUGAAGUGAUUGCUGCGCAGGGCCACACUGCUGCGGUGGAUUGGUGGACACUGGGUAUCUUGAUAUACGAAAUGAUUUUCGCCACCACGCCCUUCAAGGGGAAAGAGAGGAACGAUACUUUUUCCAACAUCCGGUCUCUGCCAGUUCAUUUCCGGGACGCACCUAAAAUUACGAGCGCUUGCAAGGAUAUCGUGAUUCGGCUGCUGGACAAAGAUGAACGAACUAGGUUCGGUAGCAGGAGUGGAGCGAGUGAAGUUAAGCAACAUAAAUGGUUUGCGAAAAUGAACUGGGGAUUGUUGCGUCACCAGCGGCCACCGAUCGUUCCAUCGUCCUCUAAUGGUCUUGAUGCGGUGAAUUUCCGGCACCUGAAGGAGUCACGUUCGCUUCAUCUAGAGGAGCAAAUGCGGGGGGUAGGGAGCCCUGGGACGCCCGGAUACGACGACGGGUUGGACGUACCAUCUGAUGGAGAUCUGUUUGGCGGGUUCAACAGUGUCACACUACACUAUGAUGGGGAAAGUUGAAAAACUAUUAUUCCGUCGUUGUGCCACGGUGGCAUCUCGAUAUUUCCUUGGUUGUAUGAUACCAUGCUCUGCUUUAUUUCAUUGACGGAUUGCUUGCAUAGUAAAUUCACUUGUAUUAUUUGCACUCGCUUUUUAGUAUUAUUAUGUCCGAAGGAUCUAUUCUAAUCAUGACGCCUGUUGAUUGUUUUUGAAAUGACAUCAGAUAACUCGGGGAUUAGCCGAUGCGGCAUGUUUCUCCAUGGACCAGGGACAGGAGAUAGAGGGCGCGGGGAGUGGUUCUUUAAAGGUCGGGCGGAUCGCUGAGGAGGAGAAGCAGAG